CUAGAGCUUCUUUAAAUUUUUUGUUAACUUUCCUAGAAAAUAUUACAUUUCUGGUGGACGUUGUUUUUAAUUAGCGCGCAUGCCGAGAUGAAGUCCGGUCUCGAUAAUUCCUUCUUUUUGGCACUGAUAUCUAUUUUAUUUGGGACGGUCGUGGGAUAUUACAGCCAUUAUAAAUCGUUUGGUUCUGGAGAUACGAUAAUAACGGCCAGCUACAUGGGUGGCGGUUUUGUCGACGACUACCAUCGAUGGUUAAUUGAGUGCAAUGACGGAGAAGGCAUGAUCGGCAUCUAUGACACGAGCAAACAGUUUACCGGCAUCUCGCAGGUCUGGUGCUACUUUCUCUUUCCCAAGAAACCUCCAUCGGCUGGGAUCUAUCCCUUUUAUCCCAGCUGUCACGUUCGGAAUUUCUCAUUGCACGAGUACUACUGCUACGAGAAGCUAUGGCCAGUGGAUACUUCUGACACAUUUGUCACCGGACUGUACUCACCGACGAUCUACGAUCCCGUCAAUCCCAAUUUGAUGAAAUGCUGCAAAACACCGCCAGGAUACCGGCUCGACUAUACGCGCUGCCAGUGGAAGUACACCCACGAUAAAGCCGGUGAACACUACGACGGAUACUGGGUGACCAAGUGCGAUACCAACUUUGUUAUGACCGGCAUGGGCAUGGGAAUGAAUCCUUGGGAAAACCAACUGCACUACACAUUUAUUCAAUGUUGUCCGGUGAUACAUGAUGGGCGCGUUGUGGAUAUGUCGCGGCAACUCCUGUGAUUUUUCACCGGAUAAAAGAAUAUUUCCACUGGCUUCCCGUUUUUUUUUGUUGCGUUUUUUGAGAAAUCGUGGUUGUGUUGUAACGCAAAAUAAAAAAUUUAAGGCAAUUGUUGACCCUUUAAAAAUUGCCCUGUGUGCGUUGUUGCGAUCUGUCCAAAGAAGCGCUCGACGAUUGUAUCAUUCUUGAUAAUUAGCCAAAGAUGACUGAUGUGAAUUAAG